AUGACUGAAAGUGAUGUCAACUCUAGUUAUCCCUUGACUUACGAGUCAAUAUGCGAGCCAUUCAUUGCCUCACAGUUAAGACAAUUAAGACGUUUUAAAUGCGAUUACAAUGAGUGCCGAAAGGGUUUUGCAACUCAACAGCGAUUGGAUUUACAUAAGAGUAGAAGACAUGUUUCUAGGAAUGACAUCCUGGUGCCCAAUCGCAUGCCAACAACAGCACCGGUAUUGCCUGUGCCUGAAGUCAUUGCAUCUCCAGUGGCAGUAUUAUCGACACCAAAAGUUGUGACGAUCCCAACCCCGGUAUUGCCGGCACCAGAAGUCAUGCCAACAACAGCACCGGCAUUGCCAGCAAUCGAAGUCAUAUCAAACACAGCACCUGUAUUGCCGACAACAGAUAAUAGGAAACGAAAUACGAGUGGAACUCCGUCUGAAAAUAAACGCCAAAAACAGUCACAUACUGAGGACAUACCGACGCUGAACGCAGGAGCCACUGGUACAGAAACGACAGCACCUGAUGGCAGGGAACAACAUAUGGACACUGAAAUACCCGUCACUUCCAACACCAAUGCUAUUCCCAACGCUUGUCAUAACGAAAUCCGUGAUGAGAUGCCGGUGCCUAACAGUCCAAUGAGAAAGCCAGUGCUAACCACCGGCGUCAACACUCCCGGAUUACUUUUCAAGCCAUUCAAAUGCAAUAAAUGUAAUAUAAGCUUCAAAAGGGGCUGGCAGUAUAGUAAUCACCAACAGGCCGUCCACUCGUUGCUUUCGGGCGGUACUAAUGUGCCGACUAUUGAUCUAACGGUGACUCCCAAAAGAAAGGCAUUUCGAUGUGAUAAUGAAAACUGUGGCAAAGAAUAUAAAAGUCAAUUUAGUUUGAAUUCACAUAAGCGGAAACGACAUGACAUUAAUGGGAACAUACCGGCGCUCAACACCACAUCCAUUGACACUCAAGUGCCCAACACUAACACCACUAACCCGUGCCUUAAUGAAACAAACUCUGGUAUCGAAGUGAUCGCUGAGCACCGGGUGUUCAGCAACACUGCCUUUACAAUACCAUUUGGACGACCAGACAGGGCAGUGACUGAUCAAUUAGAUUUCAUUGAACUUUCUGGUGUAACACCUGAUAUCAAGAGUGUAUCCCACCCUGGAUACAGAGGCAUAUCUACUGAAAAACGAGAUCCAACACAUCGGGAAAGGCUUAACACACUUCAUAAGUACAGGGAUUCAAAUGAACAUCAAAACAGUCGCAAAAGUUGUGGACGACUGACUCGGAGUCCAUUGAAAUGCAACUACAAUAAUUGCGGACAAAGUUUUGAUUACGAGUCGGCGCUAAAUCACCACAAACUCUAUGCACACAAUAUACAACAGCCGUAUGUAUGCGAAUACGACGGCUGCGGCACAAGAUUUUUCGACGCCAUUGUAUUCAACGCGCAUAAAAGUACUGCCCAUCGGCCACCACGAGUCACGAGUGAUCUACCAGUGCCUGACCCUCGCACUGACACUGAACUGGAUAUUAAUGAAGAUAUGAGUGACAGUAAUACUUCAGAAACAGAUGUCAUUGCGUUGAUAGCACCCGAUGUUGAGGCGGAACAGACGAUAACUGGUCUCCCGGUGCCCACCAAUUCAAACUCUACCGGAGGCAACAAAUCAGUUGUUAAUACAGAUAAUAAUAGCAUCAAUAUUUGCAUUAACAUUGAUUUCAUACCACUGGCAAACGAGUCAACCAUUGCUGCAAACAAUUCAAGGAUUAUAGCCAACAGUAUUGAAAACACAAAAACCGUUCAAAACAGUCAACCCAUGGCUGACAAACAAUCCUCUAAUAAAAAGGCGAAAAGUUCUCACAAAUCAUCGAAAUCUAAACUUUCGGAUCCAAACGAAUUUAAGUGCGAUUUCAAACAUUGUCGAAAAGUGUGCCGGCUCCAAUCGCAUCUAAAUCAGCACAAACAAACUGCUCAUAAUAUUAGUCCGCCUUUUGUGUGCGAUUACGUCGGCUGCCAUCAAAGGUUUUGCGGUUCAAACAAUUUGGAUAAACACAAGCGUAUGAAUCAUUCAUACGCAAAUAGCAUAGCAAAUGUUGCAAAACGUGGCACUGAAAAGCUACCGGAGCCACCGAAACCGAUAGACACCGGCACCGACUCUUGUCAUAAUGAUUCAGAUUCUGAUAUCGAAGUGAUUGCUGUAAUACCGGCGCCUAAGACCACAACCCCUACUACACAACAGGACAGUCCAAUCGCAGUACCGGUCGAUGAA